CUUUUUUCCUAAAAAGGGGAGAGAGUGAAGGGGGUCCCCAAUUUCAAGCAUCCCACUUGAUCUGCUUUGGUGUUGAUCACCAUGGCCAAGACAUCGCGAGAUUUGCGCUCCCUAGUCUCUUUUUCCCCUUCUAUUCGCACAUCCCUCAAGCCUGUUUUUUCUCCUGCGGGAUUCACCCUUCGUUUUCUUUUUUACAAUACCUUGUCACCACUUGUUAUACUUGGCCUCGGACCUUUCUGAGUGCUGUCGUAAUCUUCUUUAUCCGACCGGUUAUCUACUAUCACGUUAACCUCCUACGCUCAUUUUAUAUUAUUAUCCUUCCUCAUUUGCAGUCGCAUUUUCGAGCUUACUAGGUAGACCUUCAGACGAGACAAUCCGUUCGGACGACUAUUUGUUACAGCAUUGAAAUUCGAUCUUCCGCGAACCGUAGAUCAAAUUCCUAGGCUAGGAAUCUAACCUGUAUACCCUGUAUACAAGCUUCAAGUCAACCAAGCGACUAUCGCAUUUGGCUUUUUACCUCGAUUCUAGCUAAACACCGAUAUUCAAUCUGAAGAGAUAAUUUUAACGAUCUCGCCAUGUUCCUACCUCUCCAUCUUGCAUAAAUCUUGCGAUACCGACUUAUCGCUCCCCGGUCCGUAAGCCGCGUCUAUCCUUCCAAUUAACUCGAAAACAUGUUGGCGGUACAACCCCGUCGAUUGUUGUUGCGACCGAAAGGUCUCCUGCUCGUCGCAGUCUUUGCAGCGACUCUGUACUGGACCUUGCUGCAUGGGUCUACCACUCCUCAUACAGCGAGAUGGUUUGAUGGGAGUUCUGGACCAGUACAAGCUCCUCUAAAAGGCAACACUGAGACCAAACCAGCCCCAGCUUCCUUACCAGCGACCGGCCCUAGUAACAACGAGCAAAAUCAACAUCCUCAAGCCGAAGUACAUGAUCAAAAGAAAGAGGAGGGGCAGGAGGAAGAGAAGCACAAAGAAGAGGAGCAAAGAGAGGAAGACUUGCGGGAGCAGUUUGAUCGAGAAUAUGAGGCGCUUGCUAAAGAGCCUGGUGCCGAUACCUUGUUUGGGCAGACGCUUAAUACUCUGGAUCCUGACAAGAGACGAUCUCUAACCAUCGACGAUCACUUAGCACAGACCCAGGGCAAACCGAGAUUUACCGAGCAUAAUCCCUACGUCUACAAUCCAUAUCCUAAGUACAACGAAAAGACAUGGCUCGCUGAAAGAGCUGAACUUGUACCUUGCGAAGGGCCAGGUGGUGCACCUGUAGGGGAUGUAUUCGUUUUCAAAGGUCAGCCCAAAAACUUCCCCGAGCCCGGUUUCGGAAGCUACACUGCCCUUGGUAUGGAUGGGAAUUUAUGUUACGAGCGUGAGACACGGCUAGGUAUUUACGGCUAUAAGUCGGACAAUGACCACUCAGCUUCCUCGAUCGAUUGGGACGGUGUUCGUUGGGGACAGCUACAAGAAAAGUGUGCCCUAAAGAACAAGGCACGCUACGAUAUGAAGGGGCAGUCCAAUCCAUACCUCACCACGGUGUACGCACGUCAAAAUUCGAGCGUCACGGGUGCAGAUGGUGACAGGGAGAGCGAUCCUGGUACCUUGGAGUCCUCCCACCCUAAGGAAGACUUAAAAAAGGGUGCAUCAAUACGACGAAGGAGGGGUCUUCUCGAAAAACGCAAAUCCGGCACGUCUAAAAUUACUACUACCCGCGAAGAGAGAACGGCACUUUUACUGCGGACAUACACCGGCAAGGAAUAUACCGAGAAUGACAAGCAGGUGAUUCGAUCUUUAAUCGCUGAGCUUUCGUUGCGCACCGGAGGUCUAUAUCAAGUGUUCCUCUUCGUCCAUGUCAAAGACACUGCAUAUGCAAUUUGGGAGGAUGAGGAAACUUACCAAUACGUUCUACAGAGGAAUGUGCCUCCUGAGUUUAGGGACAUUGCUAUCCUUUGGAAUGACGAGGCCACGCAGACUAUGUACCCUAAGAUCGACCCUAAGAAGGCGACUGUACACGUCUCGCAGUGGCUGUCAGUUCAGAAGUUCGCCCAAGAGUUCCCCGAAUUCGACUAUAUCUGGAACUGGGAAAUAGAUGCAAGAGUCACCGGCCAUAACUACGAUUUCGUUGAGAAGUUGGCCGCGUUUGCCAAGCGUCAGCCACGCCGAGGACUAUGGGAACGCAACGAGCGCUACUAUAUCCCAUCCGUCCACGGUGAUUACGAUUCGAAGUUCCGAAAAGAAGUUGAGCGUAUAUCGGGAAAGGACACAGUUUGGGGUCCUCCAAAGCUGCCUUUCGUUAACCCUGUUGGGCCGAAGCCACCUGUCGCAAAGCCCGAAGAUGAUAACUAUAUAUGGGGCGUUGGUGAAGAGGCGGAUCUAAUUACCGUUGCCCCAAUUUUCAACCCCAUCAAUAGUUCUUGGAUUAGCGGUAAUGAGCUUUGGGGAUUUAAUGAUUCCACACACGCAACUACAGAUCUACCGAGAAGGGCUACCAUUGUAACGCAUUCGAGAGUGUCCAAGAGGCUUCUUGACAUCAUGCACGUCGAGAACCUUCGUGGAAAUCAUAUCUCGUCAGAAAUGGUCACGCAAACUACCGCGCUCCUCCACGGCCUCAAGGCAGUUUACGUCCCGAUGCCCGUCUUCUUUGAUAGACCUUGGAAAGGCGAGGACCUCGCUAAGUGGUUUAAUGGCGGUCCGAAGGGCGAAAGUGGAGGUGUUGGCUCCGCCAUGGGCUGGGGACGAGAAGCUAGAUAUCGCGGGAGCACUUGGUAUUAUAGGGCAAACCCACCCCAGCGACUAUAUCUGAAUUUUAUGGGUUGGGAAGAUACCAACGUAGGUGGCAAAGAGUGGGAAGAACUCUACGGGCGUCCCUGCUUACCACCGAUGUUGCUUCACCCUAUAAAAGAUGUCGAGCCCACGGAACCAGGGUACAAGAGCGAAUCGAACCUCCCUUAUUCUUAAGUCAGCUAGCGCUUGGCAUGAAAGAAAUUUGGGGUCUCCUUUUUUUCUUUUCCGCUGCGUCAAGGUUUAACAAAUUUUUAUUUAGCUUUAGACAAGCUAGUCUUUCGGCCCGUCGAUUACUUCUUGGAACUCAGUCUUCCCUCAGGUUGUCAAAUUCCGCCUGCCAGUGAACUAGGGUCCCCAUAUGCUGUCGUCCUUUCACUGGCUGUAAGCGAUACGAACGUUCCCGACGGCGUCAAUGCUCUGCGUCAAGUUCGAGCAGGUCCUUCGGUGACCAAUCGAGGGUGCCAUCAUCCUCGACCAAUUUUUUUUCUUCCAAAAUUCAUCUUUUAGAAUGGCGAGUACGUUCCAAUACGACUCGGGCAGGACAAGAACAAUGUAGGACGGACAUGGCGAGGGAUUCAAUAAUGAUCAUCGCAUUACCCGGCGUUUUUACAUACCCGGCCUGGCCAGUCACAGGUCUGAAAUUUUUACGGAGAGCUUCGUGUCAGCCCACGAGAGAAAAUCCAUUGCAUGUAUAGGUUGCGGAUCGGUUAUGAAAUAACACCUAGUCCUAGACGGACUAAGGCAUGUUGAGAGCUUUGUUAAGAGUAGAUAUGCUAUAUCAUGUAAAUACCCCAUCACGAAU